AUGUCGUCGUGUGAUGACGUUGGAAACACCUCAGGUCGUUGUGAGACCACGACAAAAAAUGGUGGUGCGGCCGUCGCGGCAGCUAUGGAUGCGAGCUCUGAGGCCUCCCAAGUGAGCCAAAACGACGGGAAUAAUGGCGACUUGUUCCCGUAUAUUGAGAAAUUGCGCGAGAGCUUUCCUGUUGAUACUGGAGCCUUUAUGCCGAUUAAUGAUCUUCUUGAGAGAUUGAAGAGCUCCCAUCCAGAAAUCUUUGCGGACCUCGAUCGCCUAAAGGAAGCAGCUCAGGCGGUUUCAAAGCCGAAUGAAUCCGUUUCCAUCUCUUGGAAGGAAAGAGGAAACAAAGAAUACGCCAGAGGGAUGCUCCAGGACUGCAUCCUGUCUUACACUCAUAGCUUGAUUUGCGCCGAGAAGGAUGCCACGAUAGCGACUAUGCUCAACAACCGGAGCACAGCCUUUUUCAUGUUAGGUCAGUAUGUCAACGCAUGCUUGGAUGCUCACCGCACGCUUCGUUACAAGCCCGACUACUGGAAAGCCCUACAUCGCCGUGGGCGCGCGCUAGAGGAACUAGGGUUUAAGGAGGCUGGGCAGAAAGACAUCCUGGCGGCCUCGGAGGAGUCUCUCGAACGUAGCAACUCGUCCGACACGAUCGAAAAAAUCCUUGGGGAUGCUCUGAGGUGUAAGGCCGACUUAGUCUUGCCCCCUCGAGCGACGCUCUGUGCGCCCCUGAAGGUGGAGCGGACAGUCCGAGGCCGCGGGCUCGUUGCCCGGCAACGCCUGGACUGUGGGACUGUGUUGGAGGAGAACCCCUACGCCCUGGUGGCACGUGCCGAGGUGCUGCUCUCUGCCUGUUCCUACUGUCUGCAACACACUAGCUGUCUUUACCCUGGGGAUGAGUUUCGCCGUGCGGCGACCAAAUCGCGUGGGCUGUUUUGCAGCGAGACAUGCGCGGAGGCGGCGUGGCGGUAUUAUGGGCAGUUCGAAUCUGCUAAUCCAUUCUUCCUCAUGUGCCCGAACGAUGCUCUCCUGGCAGCAAGGCUUGUAAUGUGUGGAGAGCGACAGUUUCCGGAGGUGGAGCUGAACAAUGCAGAGCCAGACUUUGACGAACUGAGCCACAACCGAUUUGGCGCCACGCACAUGCAGACGUUGGCUACCUUUUCGAAGGAGCUCCAGAAUAAUGCUGUGGUGGGCGGCUGUGAGUCGAUUGUAGCAGCCAUCGGGUUGCACAUGGGAGCUUUCACACCAUCCGAAGCUGAGCUUGUUCGCAAAGCACAACGACAGAUCAACUCCAACGCGCUGGACGUGAGCCUUGUUCUGCGUCUCGGUCAGGGAAAUGAUCCUAACAUGGGAGGACAAUCUAUGUUAUAUACCAACAGUAACGCACAGCUAGGAAAAGCUAUGUAUGCCAUCGGCUCUCUCUUCAAUCAUGCUUGCGACCCGAACUGCUUCGCCUCCUUUGUGGGCGGCCCACGGGGGUCGAGCCCUAAGCUUGUAGUGAGGGCCAUUAGGCCAAUCAUGGAGGGUGAGGAGCUGACCUUGGCCUAUGCUGGUAUCGAUGCGUUUCACUCCCACAGUUUGCGAAACCGCUUGCAGACGCUGCGUAAUCGCUGUGGUUUCAUCUGUCGCUGCAUGACUUGCAUGAACCAGGUAGACGAGUCCGUUGGGACUGAAAGUAAGGAUCACUAUAUCAAGGCUGCCGACUACUACCAAAAGGGAUGUAAAUUGACGCGCAAUGGGAAGUAUGACACGGCCGUGACGGUCCUACUGCAAAGCUACGAGAUCGUGAUGCGGUACAUUUGUCCGCCGCCGAACCCACCACUGAUGAUGGUGCCCAAAACGCAUAGGGCACUCGCUUUGGCGUACUACCACAUGAAUAACCUGGACAAGUGUGCAGAGCAUCUGAAGGCAGCACUGGAAACCGAUCUACUGAUCCAUAAAACAGAUCACCGAGUAGAGAUGAUUAACGAAUACACACGUCUGGCCGCCGUUGUGCAAAACCCCGAGGAACGAAAAGUUUACGGAGAAAAGGCUGUUGAACUUUUGCGCCUUUUUUACGCAGAAUCUCCACUGCUGAUGGUUGAGAUAGCUAGUGUUCAAGCCAUCUAUAACACUACGAGCGUGAGAGGAAAUGAAUCUCAAAAAUAA